CCGGCUUCAAUCCAUCCUCACGACUCGACUUGACUUCUCACUGCCGUGUCCUCUAAUGCACGGUGUCUUCUCUCCAGGCUGGACCAUGUCGCAGAGCGAUUGCCAGCAACCCUGAUUGGGAAUCGCAGUGUUGGGGUCAAAACACGCCUGCGAGGCUGAUAGCGGCCGUUCACCGACGACGGCGCGAUCGCCAGGCGGGGGGAGGGGCAGCGACGCAUCAUCCCACCGUCCGUCUGCCUUAGUUUCCCCUCAGUCUCGUGCUUGUAUUUUAUUUACCUUUUAAAUUUCCCUUCCUUCUCGUCCUCCCUUCUUGACCCAGAUCUUCUUCAUUCUCUGUAUGUAGGUCGCUGCUUCCUACGGGCUUCUCAAGAUGCGCAAUCGCAUGUGCCAUCUGCCCAACGGGCAGACCUUCACUGUGUCACCCGUCUUUGGCGGGGUUAGCUUCAAGUCGAACGACGGUCAACAGAGCCACCAUGUGGUCCUCCCCGGCUGGAGCAUCGUUCUGAACACCAGCAAACCCGUCGAGAAUGCGGAUUCGACAAUGAUCGAUGGAUCGGAGGAGCAUCGCGGCCGGGAGCGACAAUCGCCGGAGGAGCUGGUGCACACCCGAUUCACUUCCCCCACCUUGCGCAAUGACUCGCUCUACAUCUCGUACAUUGUCGACCCACCCAGUAGUGAGUACAAGCCGGUCAGCUCGCCCACGCGCCAGAUCGCCAUGAUGCUCUGGGUGACGCUGUGGUGGUACUUCCACGAACCCGAGCCCGAGCGUUACUUGACCACCGAGGCCAGCGCCAAAACUCCUACCACGGGCCGGCCCCAGGGCGACUGGCGGAUCUCCAUCCGGCGCGAAGGGUUCUUCAAGGGUCGCACAUUGCUGCAGAAGCUCGAGCGCAUGGGUCUGAUCGCCUCGGAGGACUCGUCGGUCGGGACCGAACCCUACAACCCCGAGGCGUGGGCGCGUAUGUUCGUGAGCCGGCGCAGCUUCUGGCAGAUCGACCCCAGGCUGUUCGUGUUCACGCUGACUCCCCAGAUGAAUAUCCCGCCGGCGAUAUCGGGCUCGCCCUUCAUCCAGCGGGUCGCAUCGCCGUCGCGCGCGAGUAUGUACCUCAAUACUCCGGCAGGGCAGGAGACCGCCCACUAUACCCCGAACGAGGGCCCGUUUGCUUCGACCAGCCAUCUCCCCACCUACUUCCCUCCCGCCCCGACACAGUACACCUUCACCAACGGGAUCCGCCAUCCCAUCCGUCCCAAACCCCCGCACCAGGGUGAUGUGUUCUAUAUUCGCUACAUUCCCAGCCUACAGCAGUACCUGUCGUUCCGCGUACCAUAUUUGGGGCCCUCCGCUGCCGACCAAUUCGGGGCCAAGCAUGCUCACACUUCAUCUAACAGUAGCAUCGACCAACCGGUGACCCCUGUGCCAGGGCCUUCCGAUGUCGACUUGCUACACAAAUGGAUGAACGAGCCGCGAGUCAACGUCGCUUGGGGCGAGGCAGGCCCGGCCAGUCACCAAGAGGAGUUUCUGCGCAACAAUCUCCGAAGUCGCCACAGUUUCCCCGUUAUCGGAUGCUGGGACGGUAAGCCGUUCGGCUACUUCGAGAUCUACUGGGUCAAGGAAGACCGGCUGGGGCCGUUGGCCCCCGGGGGUGUGGACAACUAUGAUCGGGGUCUGCAUGUAUUGGUGGGAGAGCAGGAGUUUCGCGGGCCACAUCGUGUGGGGGUCUGGUUGAGUGCCUUGGUGCAUUAUUGCUUCUUGGCAGAUCCACGGACGCAGACGGUGAUAUUGGAGCCCAGAGUGGACAAUAAAAAGCUUAUUGGAUACCUACACCGAGCGGGCUUCUACAAGGAAGGGGAGGUGACGUUCCCGCACAAGCAGUCGGCUUUGAUGAAGAUCAAGCGGGACUCAUGGGAGAGUCCUGCUACCUAGGAGUGUGCUUCAUGAUGGAUGCGUCCCCCAAAAGAAACGAUACACGAGGAGAGGUUCUUCACGAUACCUGAUCAAUGUCUACGACAAGGUAGAUUCUGCCUACCUAUUUACGACCUAUCUAGCUACCUAGUAAUGAAACCGGGAACGCGAGAGCAUAACGAAC